UUGGCCCUCAUAAGUUUCAAUCAUAAAUUUUAACGAACUCAAACGAUCGAUCGUCUCAAAUCUGAAGCUGUAUUCGGAAUGUCGAAGGUUGAACUGAUGCCGUCUUGUCGGGUUCGGAUGGCCGGCGCCCGCGCUGCCGCCGGCCGCCUCAGACCUCCGGCGAUGCCAACAACAUUGGAGCUACCUCCAUGGGAUCUCCUCCACCUCCGGCGCGACCCUAUUCGAAGAGGCCUUCUAUUCUACAACGACCCUCAACGACGAGGAGAGUUCAAAUUCAUCGUCGAUCGCCUCAAGAAUUCGCUCGCUCGGACGCUCGACUUCUUCCCUCCGCUCUCGGGUCGCCUUGGCUUCGUUACGCAUGACGACGGCACCUCGUCUUACUUCAUCGAUUGCAACGAUGCGGGAGCUGAGUUUGCUCAUGCCGUUGCGCGUGGAGUUUCGGUGUCCGAUGUCGUCGAGCACAAGUACGUGCCGGAGAUAGUGUCGUCUUUCUUCCCGAUGAAAGAAACUCCAAACUACGACGAGACGUGGAAGCCCUUGUUGGCGGCGCAAGUGACCGAGCUUGACGAUGGCUUCUUCGUCGGCUGCACCGUUAAUCACGUCGUCGCAGAUGGGGCAUCUUUCUGGCACUUCUUCAAAUCCUGGUCCGAGAUGGCGCGCGGCUUUGACACGAUAUCGAAGGUUCCUAUUUUCGAUCGAUGGUUCCCGAGCAAUGUUACAGAUGAAAAUCGUCGGAUUCAUCUCCCACCGUUGGAUCAAAAUCCAAUGGUCAACACAUCGCCGCCCCCACCGUUGCUCGAAAGGGUUUUUCACUUCAGUAAAGAUAGUUUAGCCAAGCUAAAAAACAUAGUGAACUUGAAAUUUAAAGACUGCGGAGAAACCUCCACAUUUCAAGCUCUAUCAGCUCAUCUAUGGCGAAGCGUCGCGCGCUCCCGACUUUCAAGGAGUAGUAAAAAUUCGGAAGAGCCGCAAUGCUUUAUUCUAUUAGUCGACGCGAGAUCAAGAGUGCCCUUACCGGACGGCUAUUUUGGCAACGCGGUUCAUUCCGCGAGGAUUGAGGUUACCGAGCAUGAACUUCUAGAAAACGGGCUAGAGUUUGUUGCCAUGAAGAUCAACGAACUUGUAGGUCGACAAACGAGGGAAGCCGUGGUCAAGUAUGUCGAAGAUUGGGUCGAGACGCCGGUGAUUAAAAGGAAGGGGGCGGCGAACUUUCUCAUUGUUGGUUCGCCGCGCUUUGAUGUGUACGGUUGCGAUUUUGGAUGGGGAAAACCGGUUGCUUCGAGGAGUGGCGGAAGGCGAAAGUUCGAUGGGAAGGUGACGGUUCUUCCGGCGGCUCAAAGUGGCGGCAUUGAUGUGGAAGUUUGCUUGUCGCCGGAGGCAUUGAUGGCCAUGGACGAUGAUCUUGAGUUCAUGGAAGCGGUAACUGUUUAAAUAUGGAUCAUACAUGGAGCUGGCAAAAA